UAAAACUAGCUCUGCUGGCAACACUGCUUCAAUAGACCGCUAGCCGAACGUCAAUUUGCUUGCUUCAGCAAAUUUCAAUACAAUGCAUUCCACCAAAGCGCCGGUAGAUUGUUGUUAGCGGUGGCGACUGAGUUUGUAUUCGAAGUGUUAAAAAAGCAGUGAAAAAUGGAUACGAACGGAACUGUGCGCAUCAAAUUAGAAUCCUCAGCGGACAGCAGUUUGCUUUGCGAUGUAACGAACAGUUGCAUCGAUGAGAUGGUGCAAGAAAUGCAACAACAGGACCGAGAAAAACAGAUACCAGUUUGCACACAGGCAACCGUUAGUGAGCUGCAGAUGCGGCAGGAUGACCACGAUGAAAACGCAUUCUACAACAUACACAGCGUGUUACCGAGGACGUUAAAAAUGCGCACGGGAGAAUCGGCAAUUGUGCUCGAACCCAAACUAGCGAGCCGUUUGUACGUUGCAUCUAACCUCCAGUACGAUCGAACGAUGAUGAACCGAGCGGACGUGUGGCAUCAGGUGAUUGUCCACCACGAGAACAGCUGCUCAAAGGCGAAGAUACUGGAAGCACUGUUUACCAAGUUUUCGUACUGCGAUUUCUUCCCGGUGGCAUAUCGGCGUCACAUAAACGUAGACUUCUUUCUGCUGCGUAUGUGCAACCAGGUCCUGGUGAAGUUGUUUGAGGAUGGGUUGAAGCUAAAGCUAGGACAGACAGAUCUUGCGAUAAGCGUACGUCUCGGAGCGGCUCGAUUCCAAAUCGGACAGAUAUUCCCGAGGCAAACCAUAACGAAGGCGGUGCAAGAACGGUGUGACAAUGCGGCUCAGUACGGCAGCAAUACUUUGCUGAAUUUGGACAGCUUUGCCGAGCAUGUUUGUUUGCAGGAGCUGUGCAUUAAUCUCGGCAAUCGGGCACAGUUUGAGGUCGUCUGUUCGGCUAUCGUGCAGGUUAUGAGUGAUAACAGUUGCAUCAACACGUUGCGCCUGUCGAACAACGGCAUCAGCCAUAUAUCGGUGCUGGCCAGUGCGAAGAGUUUGCGGCUCGUAAGCCUGGAUUUGCGUGGCAAUCGAAUUAAGCAUCCGAGCUCACUGAGAGGGCUUAAAGAGAUGCCACUGAUGGAGCUGUUCGUGGCGGGCAACAAUUUAACCGAGGUGCCCGAUUACGAGAAGGUUCUUCACAGCACGUUUCCUGAUUUGCUGAAGCUGGACACCAGUCUAACAACUGCGGCUGUGACAAAAAUAUCGCGUGUUGUUGAGGAAGAGGAUGAAGAGGAAGUGGAAAUGACUUCCCCCGGAACGUUAAUUACGGAGGCGGACAUGAAUCCGACCGCUUUUCAGAAGUACAACAUGACGCCCCACUGGCAUAAGGUGACGGUGCAACAUAACGGGGUGUGCAACAAGCAGGACAUUUUGGAUGCACUGUUCAAUCUGCUAGGCAAGCACAAGUUUUUCCCCUGCUACUACAAAACCUACUCGAAGGAGGAUGAAUUUCUGGUCCAAAAUUGUUUCGAUGCGCUGCUGGUGUUGGUGAGACAAAAGCUAAAGCUGCCGAUGCCCGCCAAUAACAUUGUGCUGAGGGUAACGCUCGCGAUGAACGUUGCCGAAGCGGGCGAAAAGGAUGUACAGCCGUUGAAAAAGUUAGAACGGUUCGUUAUUAAACGGUCCAAACGGAACUGUCUCGAUCUCUCCUCCAUGCAGACGGAGCUGAACAAGUGCAAAUUUGUAGACUUUUGUGCGAAAAGUCCGUGCACGCUCCGGUACAUUAUGGAGUGUGCUGCCCGGAAGUACGGUAAUACGUGUUUGGUGUUGCGGUUGCGUGAUAACGAGCUAAAGAACUGCGGGGCACUAGAAAGUCUCGCAAAGUUUUACAGUCUGGUAUCGCUGGAUCUGCGCUACAAUAUGAUUUCGAACAUCUCCGAUCUGAAAGGCAUUCCCUGGAAUAACAUUAGCGAGGUGUUUUUGGAUCAUAAUCCCCUGUGCGGAACGAUGCACUCAAGUGUGGAGUACGUGCGGAAGGUUAGGCAGUUUUUUGGCACGCUGAAGCAACUCGACGGAAAGCCGCUGUUGGGAAAUUUCGCCCACUGUCAGAACUACAUCUGUGCGCCGGAAGCGUACAAGUUGGUCGAGUCGUUCGUGAAGCAUUACUUUUCGCUGUUCGAUUCCUUCCAGCGCGCUGACCUGCAGGAACUGUACCAUACGAAUGCACAGUUUUCCAUGACGUGUGAUUUUGAUUUGGACGUGGCACUGAUCACGGAGGAGCAGAUGAAUUCGCAACAGUUGCGACAGGCUAGCUACAUCCAGCAUAGUCGUAAUUUGUUAAAGUUUAGGGGCAAUCUCGAUCGUGCAAUGUCGAUGCUGAUCGUUGGCAACGAGCGUAUCUGUUACGUGUUGACAUCCUUUCCGAAGACGGAUUUUGAUUACUACUCGUUCCGUAUCGAUGUGCCGUUGUUCACGCCGGAACGCAUCAUGAUCAUCGUGCACGGCCGCAUGAGGGAGGAUGAAGCGGCCAACCUGGAACAGAAUCACUACCUCGGCUUUACGCGCACGUGGAUAAUUCAACCGUGCGGUAUGGGCAAGAAUCUGUUUCACGAGGCGCUGGAAUACAAAAUUACCAACGAUAUGUUGCAUAUGUACGACAUGACAGUUACCGGUAAUGAAGCUUUCGGUCAGUCUAGCGACCAAAACCAAUCCGUAACAGAGGCGGAGUGUUCGAUGGAUUCUGCUCCUAGCAAUACCGAUGACCGAGAGAAUGCGUUGAUCGUUUUCCGGCAACUGACGAAAUUGAAUCAGGAAUGGUCGAAACGAUGUCUGGAAGAAUCGUCCUGGAAUCUGAAGCUGGCAUUAAAUGUAUUUUUGAAGCUGUACGAAUCAAAGCGAAUUCCAAAGAUUGCCUUCGAGGGUGACAAUCUGUAGCAAAUGGAUGUGAUAGAAACAUGUACAAAAAACGGGCUUAGAAUAUUGUGUUGCAGUUGUGAAGGAUAGUGGAGAGUAAGGAAAGCAUGGUUUAAAUUAUCAUGCACGAUUAGCACGAGUUUAUCUCUUGUUCGUCACCGAUAGGAUGUAUGUUUAUAUGUAAAUUGAGUUGCAGCGGUUAAUAGUUUCUGUUGUUGAAUGAAUUAAUGAAUUGAAUGCACCAAAGCGUUACACGCAGAAUAAAGACAAGAAUUCAGAUGGAA